AUGGAAGAACGGAGCUCGUUGCAGAGCCCGUUGCUGUUCGGCGAAGGUAAGGCCCAAAGCUUUCGGUGGCGCGGUGGUUUCGAUUGGCGAUUCGGCUUCUGUGUGAAAGCCAUGUUUGUAGGCUGGUUGUCGACAUGGACUAUCUGUGUUCUAGCUGGCAACAUGGAUGCUAUCGCCCACCCAUCAGAAGAACAAAAGCAGUGGCUGGAUCAUCUCGGCCCACGCGGUGCAGCUACGGCCAGUUUGCUCAUCUUCCCCAUCCUCAUCGCAGGUCUGUGCAUCCCCUAUCUGUGGAAAUUCCAGGGGUCAUGGCUGCACUGUGCCAGCCUCAUUGGCUCCCAUCAACUCCUGACGGCGGGCAUCCUCAGCAUCCCCGAAGCCUCAUACACUGAAGAGCAUCUGCAAGAUGACAUAGACGGAGUUUGGCGGUUGCACAAGUUCCAAGCCAUCGUGUCCUGGGUGAAGCUAUGGCAGCUGGGACGGAAGAGAGCCGCCAUCUGGUGUUUUCUGUUUUGGAAUGAGUGGAACGUGAAUCUGCACACAGAAGAUGGGGCGCGCUGGCUGUGGCUGGUGGUGACCACACUGUUCCAAGCAACAGCUCUCUCAUCGCUAGCGAAAGAUGCGGCAGAGCUCGCUGCAAGCCGGGAGGAGAAAGAUCCCGAAUUCGCCAAGCUGCUAAAGAAGCAGAGCUUCUUCUUGCAGCUAGGCAGUGUGAUGACGGUGGUUGAGGCAGCCCACAUGCCACUCACGGAGACCUGGAUACUGCCCACGAUAGGUCUUGGCUGGUACGCCGCCGUAGACCUGGUCUUCAAUCAAGUCAUGAUCCUUGUUAUAGGGGGAGUCAUCGGCCCCGAGGAAGAUGUGGUCGCUUUGGGAGAGUUGUCAUGGAUGAUGGGUUCCAGAGGCCACAGAGUCGCCUUCCCCGGAAGGGUCAAUCUGUCUGCCACGGACUGCAUUGUCAGCUUUCCUGGCAAAUAUGCCAUGGAAUGGGAUGAUGCUGUGCGCAAGGUCGAGAUGCAUGAAGAUUCCUGCAGUUUGGCAUGCGUUUUCCUCACCAAUACAUCCUCGGGUCUUGGGGUCCAUGCAGAUGUUCCCGGCGAACCUGUGGGCCAAUGCUGGUGUCAGGCUCUUUAUGGCAAGUUGCCACCUCAGGCGUACUUGGAAGUAGUUGAAGAUGCUGGCAAGAUGACCCAGCAACAACUGGACUUCAAGAGACAAGAUGCCGAAGCGAUGGGCCAGGUGCUCGUUGUUCGCCAAGGUGAAGCGGACAGCGUUUGGCAGCAGAUGAAGGAAGAAGCCUUAACAGAAGCAGCAGAGAAGUGCAAGGAGAAUCAAGGCCGUGCUCCUUGGGGAUGUCAAUGGUUCGCUAAGUGGAAGGAAAAUGUGGACAAAGCCGUCGAGCGCAUGCAAAAACUCCACGUUUUCUUUUUUGAAAGCAAGGUAGGUUGCGGCAAGCUGGCAUGGGAGGAUCUGUCACACCCAGCAGCUCUGUCAGAGGCCAAAAGAGACAAUGGGCUGGGAAAUUCCCAACGGGCUGAGGUGGCCUAUCUGGAUCGCUGUCAUGUCACCUACGAGGAGCAUGAUGUGAGGGAAUUCUACGCAUUUAUGUCUCGACGCAUGAAGAAAAGAUGGUUCCGCAGAUCGGGGUUACAAGUAAAAGGACCCGGAUCAGAAAUUAAGCUUACUGGUACCACGAAUCGUAUCAGCUCAUCGCUGCAAUUACGGCGAUUAAACCCUGCAUGUCGUUUGCAGUUGCAAAUUAUCGGCAGAUAG